CCCCUUCUCCACGUCCUCCCCCCCUCGCCGCUUUCUGGAAGGUUCGUGAAGGCGGUGGGCGCGUUCCGUUAGUCUGCGGCCGUCCGGAAUCCGACUCCAUCCGUCCUCCCCAAGCCCACGCAGACCCAGCCGACCUUGCCAUGCCGGAGAACGUGGCUCCCCGGAGCGGGGCGCCCGCCGGGGCUGCGGGCGGCCGCAACAAAAGCGCCUAUCAGGACCGUGACAAGCCGGCCCAGAUCCGCUUCAGCAACAUCUCCGCGGCCAAAGCUGUUGCUGAUGCUAUUAGAACAAGCCUUGGACCUAAAGGAAUGGAUAAAAUGAUUCAAGAUGGAAAAGGCGAUGUGACCAUUACAAAUGAUGGUGCCACCAUUCUGAAACAAAUGCAGGUGUUACAUCCAGCAGCCAGAAUGCUGGUGGAGCUAUCUAAGGCGCAAGAUAUAGAAGCAGGAGAUGGCACCACAUCGGUGGUCAUCAUUGCUGGCUCUCUCUUAGAUUCCUGUACCAAGCUUCUUCAGAAAGGGAUUCAUCCGACCAUCAUUUCUGAGUCAUUCCAGAAGGCUUUGGAAAAGGGUAUUGAAAUCUUGACUGACAUGUCUAGACCUGUGGAACUGAGUGACAGAGAAACUUUAUUAAAUAGUGCUACCACUUCAUUGAACUCAAAGGUUGUCUCUCAGUAUUCAAGUCUGCUUUCUCCAAUGAGUGUAAAUGCAGUGAUGAAAGUGAUUGACCCAGCCACCGCUACUAGUGUGGAUCUGAGAGACAUUAAAAUAGUUAAGAAACUUGGUGGGACAAUUGAUGACUGUGAGCUGGUAGAAGGGCUGGUACUUACUCAAAAGGUGGCAAAUUCUGGCAUAACCAGAGUUGAAAAGGCUAAGAUUGGGCUUAUUCAGUUUUGCUUAUCUGCUCCCAAAACUGAUAUGGAUAAUCAAAUAGUAGUUUCUGACUAUGUCCAGAUGGACCGAGUGCUGCGGGAGGAGAGAGCCUAUAUUCUAAAUUUAGUGAAGCAAAUUAAAAAAACAGGAUGUAAUGUCCUUCUCAUACAGAAGUCUAUUCUGAGAGAUGCUCUUAGUGAUCUUGCAUUACAUUUCCUGAACAAAAUGAAGAUUAUGGUGGUUAAGGAUAUUGAAAGAGAAGACAUUGAAUUCAUUUGUAAGACAAUUGGAACCAAGCCAGUUGCUCAUAUUGACCAGUUCACUGCUGACAUGCUGGGAUCAGCUGAGUUAGCUGAGGAGGUCAAUUUAAAUGGUUCUGGCAAACUGCUCAAGAUUACAGGCUGUGCAAGCCCUGGAAAAACAGUUACAAUUGUUGUUCGUGGCUCUAACAAAUUGGUGAUUGAAGAAGCUGAGCGUUCCAUUCAUGAUGCUCUAUGUGUUAUUCGCUGUUUAGUGAAGAAGAGAGCUCUUAUUGCAGGAGGUGGUGCUCCAGAGAUAGAAUUGGCCCUACGGUUAACUGAAUAUUCACGAACAUUGAGUGGCAUGGAAUCCUACUGCGUUCGUGCUUUUGCAGAUGCUAUGGAAGUCAUUCCAUCUACACUAGCUGAAAAUGCUGGCUUGAAUCCCAUUUCUACAGUAACAGAACUAAGAAACCGCCAUGCCCAAGGAGAAAAAACUACUGGCAUUAAUGUCCGAAAGGGUGGUAUUUCCAACAUUUUGGAGGAAUUGGUUGUCCAGCCUCUGUUGGUUUCAGUCAGUGCACUGACUCUAGCAACUGAAACUGUCCGGAGCAUUCUGAAAAUUGAUGAUGUGGUAAACACUCGGUAAUCAAGUAACACUGGCCAACUGGCACCAUCACAGCCACUAACAGUGUGUCUGGAGUGGAAGAUCUCCUUGCUGUUUGGAAGAUUGUUUUCCUCUACAAAUUCCCAGGCCUGGUCUUCCAGUUGGCACUUGCUUGAAAUUGUAUUGACAUAAUUGAAUUAAAGUAUUAAAUGUUUGGUUUCAAAGGGCAGAUUAAUUUAUCGUCCCUUCUACCCCCAACAGUCUGUUACUUCUGAUAUUCUUGACCUGUAUAAGAAGAGAAAAUGAAUUCACAUUCACUUAUGGAUUCGUUUAGGUCUCAAUCCUGGGUACUUUAAGUUUGUUUGUUUUAAAAAAGUAUUGAGAAUUUUAAAUGGCCCAGUAUGCUCAUCACCCUGAUAAAUCCCCAUUUACACAAAAAUAUCAAAGCCCUGUAUAUGCUGUUUUAAAAGAUAACAGUGUAAGAAGAUACAAAGUGAAAAAUGAAAAGUCCCUUUAGCCUAUCCUAAUCCCUUCCUCCAAGAAUAUAACCAUUAUUGUGAAAAUUGGGAUUCCUUUUACAAAUAAAACUAUACGCAUAUA